UUCCCAUCUGUUUCCGUUAAUUUUUGUUGACGUGGAAGCAUUACACUUGACAAAGCUGAACAGAAUCGAAGAAUGACAGCUUUAGUUGUUGUUGGUGGUCAGGUGUGCCUGUUAUGACACCAAACAUCAAGCUGUAUCUGUGAUGGCUGUUGAAGAUAUUAUAUCUUGGGUAACCACUGUAUGUACUAUUGGAGUUUCACUAAUAGGAUUUGAAAUCUGUGCCAAAAUUGCACGUAAAGGAAGUCCAGGUGACAUUUCUUUCAUUCCGUUCCUUAUCAUGUUUAUCAGUGCCUGUUUGUGGCUGAAGUAUGGACUUCUCCGAAGAGUAUUUACCGUUGUAUUUGUCAACUCAGUUGCAGCCUUAUUACAAGGCAUGUACAUGUGUAUUUAUUAUACAUACAGCCUUCAGCGGGGACAUCUAAAUCGAUUGUUAUUUUUUGGUAUAGUGUUCCUGCUUUUACCUUUAAGCUACAUUAGAUUCUACCUACCUGAUGAAUCCAGUGCUAUUGACUUUCUCGGACGCUUAUGUUGUAUUAUUAGUAUUUUCUCUUAUGGUUCACCUCUUGCUUCUGUGUUCCACGUGGUUAGAACCAAAAGCACUGAAUGUAUGUCUUUUCCAUUAGCUACUGCCAAUUUUGUGGUUGCUCUUGAAUGGUUUUUCUAUGGGGCUUUGUUAAAAGACUUUUAUAUGCAGAUGCCCAAUAUGUGUGGUGUUUUGCUCUGCCUUUUCCAGUUUGCAUUAUUUUUCAAAUACCCAGCAAAACCACAGCCAAUACUUUCUAUCAAAGCUUAAAUGCAACAUAAUGAAUGAAAUUUGAAAUCAACCAAAUUACUCUAUUCCAAAGUCCAAAAAAUGCAUUAUUAUAUAUAUUGUAAAUCUCAAACGAAUGUUCAACUCAUAAACUGACCAUUAACUUAAAAACGAAAGCCAAGAUUAAUUUCAUCAUUCUCUUCUGUAUAUAUCCAAUGGUACUACUAAUAUUUUUGCUGUUAAUAUAAUUGACAGUCUGAAUCAAAGUUUUGAUCAUCAAAAAAGCAUUUGCUUUUUCAACUGUUGACCAACAUGAAAACUACCAAAGCUUGAAAGAAUUUUAUCAAAAUGUAGUAUUUGGGACCAGUAACUUUUUGAGUUAAUUGCUUUUAUGACCAGUUCUUCAUUUUGACACAUUAUAUGCCAAAAUAUCUCCAGUUUUGUAAUUCAUUUCAUCAACGUAGGAUUUUUGUUUUGUUUUUUACAUUGUAACAAUCCUUAAAAAUAUCUAUGAGAACCAGUUACCUCAGGAAACUGGCUUUCACUGUUUGUAUUCAUUGAUAACAAUAAUUGUUUCAGUUUAUAGCUUUAAUUUUAUUAAUCAUCCAUGUUAUUAUUGACACAGAGGUAGUGAAGAUGAUAAAGGCAAUGUCAAAUUGAAUUCUUCUGUGUAACUAUGGCAGUUCCACACUGUUUUAAGUUUACAAUAUAGUGGUGGUGUGGGAGAGUGGUGCAGUUUUGUCUUUCAAUCCAUCUGAAUAUCAGUCACAGAUUAAGAUGGAUUCUAUGUAUCCAGAGAAAUUAAUUUUGUCUUCAGUCAAAAGAAAUUGCUAUUGUCAUUUGAUUCUCUUCACUACAGUUAGAAGGGGAAAUAAUUGUGAAUGGAAAAUGCUCAAAUCAGAGAAUUGCUCUACAAAGUCUUAUUUUUAAAUCUCCUAAAAAUAAGUUUUCCUCAUCAAACCUCUUGAGAAAAUUCUUUGAAUCUAUACAUACAAACUCCAGCCAAUAAUAAGUUUUAUAUUGGAAUAUAUUAUAUUACUUAUAUAAAACUUUAUCAAGUUUUAAAAGAAAAUUUAAUUUAAUUCUGUCAUGAAGUGCCUUGAUUAAUUUUUAACGCUCUUAUGGAAUAUGAAAAAAUGGUUUUAUCAAAACAAGAAUUUUAUAUUGUUUCUCAAACAUUUCAGUAUUUGAAAUUGCUUGCUUUACAUAAAUUUGCAAUGUUUCAAAUAUUAUCUAGAAGCUAUCUAAUCAAUGACUUACAAACUUUGUUAUACUGUGAUCAUUUCACUUCCUUCAAAAUCAAACUAAUAAUACUGAAAUAUGUUUCGUUAAUAUACUCCAUCAGUGUAUUACAAAAAUCUAAUCAUGUUUUACAAUUCAUUAUCAUGAGCCAAUUCAAUACACACAUGCAUUUUCUCUUCCCCCAUUAUAUUAUGAUAAAGCACUUUCCACAGCUGAGUUUGACCUGACAUACUAUCAAAUUUGGCUAGUGGCCUAGAAGUUAGGUUCCUGCACUCAUGAUCUUGUGGUUUCAAUUCCUGUACUGAGUGGUGCAUUGUGUUUUUGAGCAAAACACUUUGCUUCAUGUUGCUCUGCAAUCAUUUCAACUUCUGACAUGUGGCACAUUAUGCACCUGUACAGGCAAUGUUGAUUUGACAGAGUAAGCUACGAGCAGUACAAAUAUUUGAUUCCUAUAAACAAAUCAUCUAUGCAGGUUAUUCAGCAAGAAAUAGUGCAAUCAUCUUUCUCAAACUUGAGAGACUACCAACAACCAUGUGUGUGUGUGUGUGCAUGAGAAAAUUAGGAUAAAAUUAACUUAUGGAUGUUAUUUAUUUAAAGGCAUUCAAAUUCAUACAGAGAAAUAUAUAUAUAUACUGUCUUUGGUCUGAACUAUACGUAUGUAUUAUUUUAUAUUGCAGUUAUCUCACAGUUCCUUGGAGCUAUGGUUAUUAAAUAUGUUCAGUCAGAUUUGAUGAACAUAGCUCCAGAAUAUGAAAUAGAAUUAAGUAAUUUUAUAUUACAGUUUUAUGGACUUAACUAAACAAUAUUGCUACUGCUUUUUCAGAGCUAGUCAUUGGAUGUAUCUUAUUGGAUCUAUCUUGUCAAAUGAGAAAUCUCUUGUUUAACAAUGCAGCUUCAAGUAGACCCAUCUGGUAACCCAAGCUUGAGGAAACUAGUAGUUUUGUUCUUCUGUUAAGUUUUUAUAGUUGUAAUAUAAGAUCAACUUUGUUUCAUAUAUCAUAUAUUGUAUGUUCCUUGUUUGACAUUUGAACUAUACCUGAUUAUACUGUGUGUGUGUGUUGUGAGUAAAGGUGAGAUAUUCAAGUGGAUAAUCUUUUGGGUAAUUUCAUGUUCCUGGGAAGAACACCUUAUUCUAUAUUAACUCACUUCCUUUAACUAUUUAGUGUAGGUACCUAUAAUAGACUAGCAUUCAGUCUGUCAACAGUUUCACACCAUGAAACUGAAGCUAAACACUGGCUUUCAAAGAUCAUUUGGAGCAUAGAAGUGAUUUAUAUAUAUAUAUAUAUACAUAUAUAUAUAUAUAUACCAGAUGUAAUUUUCAAUCAAUCAAUUUGUUAAAUUUACAAACAAAAAAAGACCUACUUAUUGACACACUGCACAUUAUUUUCUUAAAACACAAUUUUUUUUUCUGUAAAAUUGUUCAUGUUAGCUCUUUAAACACUUAUCUUAAGCUUUUUUUUUUAGCUUGUGCCAUCCAUUAUUCUAUUCUUAAUAAUAUAAAUCUACUUAGGAAUUAGAUUGCUAGUACAGGUACAAUAUCAAUUUUUUUUAACCUUUUGUUCCAAAGCCUUUCUAGAUUGUGAUUUUUCUGAACCUGGGGUAGUCAUUAUUAAAUGACAUAGAAGUCACUUAUACAUUAGUAUAAAUGAUACAAGUUUUUUAAUACAGUAUUCUGCAAGGAAUGAAUAGAUUAGUCUGGUGGCCAUAGGAAUUUGAAUUUCCUGCUCAUAAAUUAAUGUGGAUUAUAAAAGGUUCCAGACCAGCAUUGUCUGAAAAGUUAGUGUUGUACUUUUACUGGUCAAAACAAUCUUUUCAUAUCAGAUAUG